GGUAAUGGCGAAAUGUUGAUAACGUCCUUUUUGUACAGUAAACAGGGAGGGAGUAUAUACUGAUUGAUUGAUCGAGUCGUGAACGUGCGUGAUAAACGGUACUGAUCGCUGCAGAUUCAGAUCGAGCGGGAGAGAAAUGGCGAGGAAAGCAGUGUUGAUCGGAAUCAACUAUCCUGGCACCAAAGCCGAGCUCAAAGGCUGCGUCAAUGACGUCCGGCGAAUGCACCGCUGCCUCGUCGACCGUUACGGCUUCUCCGAGGACGACAUCACCGUCCUCAUCGACACCGACGCUUCCUACACCCAGCCUACGGGCCGCAACAUCCGCAGCGCUCUCUCCGAUCUCGUCAAAUCCGCCGGCUCCGGCGACUACCUUUUUGUCCACUAUAGCGGCCACGGUACCCGCCUUCCGGCCGAGACCGGCGAGGAAGACGACACCGGCUUCGAUGAGUGCAUCGUCCCUUCUGAUUUCAAUCUUAUCACCGAUGAUGAUUUUAGAGAGCUGGUGGACUCCUUGCCGCAAGGUUGCCGACUAACAAUAGUAUCUGAUUCAUGCCAUAGUGGUGGGCUUAUUGAUAAAGCCAAGGAGCAGAUUGGAGAGAGUACCCAUGACAAUGCUGAUGCUGAUGAUGCUGAUGAGGAUGGUGGUGGAUCAUCUCGAUUUGGAUUCAGGAAAUUCUUGCGUGGGAAAGCUGAGUCUCGUGGCAUUCACCUCCCAGGAUUUCAUCACCAUCAUGAACACGAUAGUGAGACUGAGAGAGAAAUAGUGAUUGAAUCAGAAUAUGGGGAUCAAACCCAUGUCAAGAGCAGAUCCUUGCCUUUAUCCACCCUUAUUGACAUUCUUAAGCAACAGACUGGUAAGGAUGAUAUUGAUGUUGGGAAUGUUAGGCCAACUCUUUUUGAUGUCUUUGGAGAAGAUGCAAGUCCUAAGGUGAAGAAAUUCAUGAAUGUCAUUUUUAAUAAACUUCAGAGUGGCGAAGGUACUGGAGGGGGUGGUGGCUUUUUGGGGAUGGUUGGGGGCUUGGCUCUGGAAAUUCUAAAGACUAAGCUUGAGCAAAACGAUGAGAAUUAUGUGAAACCUGCUCUGGAAACACCUGUAGGAAGCAAGCAAGACGCUUAUGCUGGACCAAGCCAAAAGGAUUUCCCAGACAAUGGCAUUCUCAUCAGUGGCUGCCAAACCGACCAAACAUCAGCUGAUGCUACUCCUAACAACAAUCCCCAGGAAUCAUAUGGCGCCCUCAGCAAUGCGAUUCAGACCAUACUCAAAGACUCAGAUGGGCCAGUCACUUACCAAGACCUUGUUCACAAGGCUAGGGAGAUGUUGGAAAAGCAAGGGUUCUCACAGCGCCCUGGUCUUUACUGCUCUGACUCUCAUGUUGGUUCUUCUUUUGUGUGCUGAUAGUAUAUUAUAAUAUCACCAACUUCAUGAGCAUAUAUUAUGAUGAUUAUGACUGAAAAACAGUACCAUAUCUGUAUUCUUCUUGCUUUGUGUUUGGUUUUUUUAGUUGGGCUUAAGAGUUUCUGUCCAGUGGAUUAAAUAAAGCUUUGACCAAAAUAUGUAUUGGUUUAUGUCUACUCUUUGUGUAAUUGGUACUAAAAGGAUUGUGUUUGAUUAAGGUUAUUUUUUACUAGUAAAA